CUAUCAUUACAUACGGUGUAACUAGUGUAGCGUCUCGUCGAUGUGGAAACGUCAGUCUGUAAUAUUUUUUCUGUCUUUUCAUUUUUUUUAAAUAUCCUUUAUUCAAUAGUGACAGAUUAAUCAUGUUUCGCGUAUCAAGUAUUCUCGCCUCAGCUUCAAAAAAUUUCAACAAAGUUUUAUUCGACGGAUCUACAAGAUGCCUCGCAACUCAAACUGUGAAAAAAAAUGUGAAGACGGACAAGGAGGAAAAGUCUUCAAAAAAGGAAUCUCAAUCCUUUACUAUGAAUAUUUUUCGAGGCCAGCUUCAAACUACCCAAGUAUUUCCUUAUCCAGAGCCAUUGACGGAAGAGCAGAUCGACACUUUGAAAAUGUUCAUUGAUCCAAUUGAAACAUUUUUCGAGGAAGUGAACGAUCCAUACAAAAACGAUGAGAACUCUUCGAUCGACGAGACGACUAUGAAAGCUCUCUGGGAAAUCGGCGCUUUCGGUCUUCAAGUGCCACAAGAUUUAGGUGGACUUGGUCUCAACAAUACUCAAUAUGCUCGUUGUGUAGAAAUUGUUGGCUCUCACGAUCUCGGAGUUGGAAUCACUCUAGGUGCUCAUCAAAGUAUUGGUUUCAAGGGUAUACUUCUCUUCGGAACACCUGAACAAAAGGCGAAAUAUUUACCUAGGGUUUGUAAUGGAGAUUUUGCAGCUUUCUGUCUAACUGAGCCAAGCUGCGGAUCCGAUGCCGGUGCGAUUAAAUCGCGAGCCAUCAAAUCCGCAGACGGGUCGCACUAUGUGCUUAAUGGAAGCAAAAUUUGGAUUUCGAACGGUGGCAUGGCCGAAAUCAUGACCGUUUUCGCCCAGGUUCCAGUCACGGAUCCCGAGACUGGAGAAGUCAAAGACAAAGUCACUGCCUUUAUCGUUGAGCGAUCUUUCGGCGGAAUAACGAGCGGACCACCGGAAAACAAGAUGGGAAUAAAAUGCAGUAACACGACGGAAGUUUAUUACGAGGAUGUUAAAAUCCCGGCGGAAAAUGUCUUGGUUGGGGAAGGCCAAGGCUUUAAGGUCGCCAUGAAUAUUUUAAACAACGGAAGAUUCGGCAUGGCUGCAGCUUUGGCUGGAACUCAGAGGUUCUGCAUAAAAAAAGCAGUUGAGCACGCAACACAAAGAGUGCAAUUCGGCAAGACAAUUGCCAAUUACGGUGCAAUUCAGGAAAAAAUAUCGCGAAUGGCAAUUCUUCAGUAUGUCACGGAAUCUCUCGCGUAUAUGAUUUCUGGAAAUAUGGACCAGGGCAGUCAGGAUUAUCAUCUAGAGGCUGCAAUUUCUAAGGUAUUCGCGUCUGAUUCCGCGUGGUGGGUCUGUGACGAAACAAUUCAAAUUCUCGGUGGUAUGGGCUUCAUGAAAGGCACGGGACUCGAACGAGUGCUGCGAGAUCUUCGUAUAUUCCGAAUUUUCGAAGGCACGAACGACAUUCUCCGUCUUUUUAUUGCCUUGACUGGUAUCCAGUUUGCCGGAAGUCAUCUGAAAGAACUGCAAAGAGCUUUCAAAAAUCCGGCUGCAAAUUUAGGAUUAAUUGUUGAAGAGGCGGCGAAAAGGGCGACGAGGGCUGUGGGACUUAGUUCGCCACCGAAUUUCAGUCAUUUGGUUCAUCCGAGUUUGUCAGAUAGUGCUGCCCUUUGUUCGAAGAGUAUAGAGUCGUUUGGACAAACGAUAGAAUCUUCUCUGAUCAAAUACGGAAAAGGAAUAGUCGAAGAGCAAUUCGUUUUAAACAGAUUAGCACAAGCUGCCAUCGAUACUUAUACGAUGUCUGUAGUUCUAAGCAGAGCAACUUUGUCAGCCACAAAAAAUCUUCCAAGUGCUCAGCACGAAAUUCUGAUGACCCAAACCUGGUGUACAGAGGCAGCAAGUCGAAUCGCCUAUAAUAUGAAAGUCGUCAACAGUGGCAAACAUUUAGACGUAUUCAGUAAAUUAGGAAAAAUUUCAAGGAACGUGUGUGAAAGCGGCGGAUGUGUUCAAAUAAAUCCCCUCAAUUUUUAAGAGGUAUCACCUUAAUCUAAUUUUUAGCUUUCAAUUUGCCAAACCAAUGUGAAUAGCAUGAUACGAUUUGUAAAAAAAAAUUUAUCUGUUAUGUAGAGAAUUUGUAAAUUAUUAAAAAUCAACUAACAGAACACUAUAAAAAUAGAAAGGUUAAGAGGGUGGACUCUAACGUGUCAUAAUUACCUCUACGUAUUUUUUUAACAUUAGUGCCUUCAAUAAUGUUUUUUACGCUCUUUUAAAACCAAAAUUGAUAUGUAUAAUGUAUUAAAAAUUUAGCAAAGUCAAUCUUUAGAGAAAUUCUCAAUUGACUUUUUUUAUCAAAUGUAAAAUAGAGGCUUUGUAAAUAAACGAGUGAGU